GAAGUUCUGAGGCCAGUGGCUGGACGGGAGCCCGGACGGGGUCUCCUGAUUGCGGAAGUUCUGUAGGGAGGGUCGGGCGGGUGUAGGGGUGCUGUUUUGUUUGGGGACAGGUUGGGGAAGGGAGGCCACCGCUCGGGGUCUGAGAGCGCACAGCUCACGCACGUCCGGAACUACACCGGGUGCGACUCGUCGCCGCCGCCCUCGUCUCAGUCCCCUUCGUUCCUCCCCCGGGAGACGCCUAGGAGCUCCAUCAUGGCAGCCACUACAUCCAACCUGCAGAAAGCAAUAGAUCUGGCGAGCAAAGCAGCCCAAGAGGACAAGGCCGGCAACUUGGAGGAAGCCCUACAGCUCUACCAGCACGCUGUGCAGUAUUUCCUGCACGUUGUUAAAUAUGAAGCACAGGGAGAUAAAGCCAAGCAAAGUAUCAGGGCAAAGUGCACAGAGUAUCUUGAUAGAGCAGAAAAGCUCAAGGAGUACCUGAAGAAGAAAGAGAAGAAGCCACAGAAGCCAGUGAAAGAAGGACAGCCAAGCCCAGCUGAUGAGAAUAUGAGGAAUGACAGUGAUGGAGAAGGAGAAUCUGAUGAUCCUGAAAAAAAGAAACUACAGAAUCAACUUCAAGGUGCCAUUGUUAUAGAGCGACCAAAUGUGAAGUGGAGUGAUGUCGCCGGUCUGGAAGGAGCCAAAGAAGCACUUAAAGAAGCCGUGAUAUUGCCUAUUAAAUUUCCUCACCUUUUUACGGGUAAGAGAACGCCUUGGAGGGGAAUCCUGUUAUUUGGGCCACCUGGGACAGGAAAGUCCUAUUUAGCCAAAGCUGUAGCAACAGAAGCGAACAACUCAACAUUUUUUUCAAUAUCUUCCUCUGACCUUGUUUCUAAGUGGCUAGGAGAAAGUGAAAAGUUAGUUAAGAAUUUAUUCCAACUAGCAAGAGAGAACAAACCUUCCAUUAUCUUCAUUGAUGAAAUUGAUUCUCUGUGUGGUUCAAGGAGCGAAAAUGAAAGUGAAGCCGCUCGUAGGAUUAAGACGGAAUUCCUAGUUCAGAUGCAAGGGGUUGGUGUGGACAAUGAUGGAAUUUUGGUUCUGGGAGCCACAAAUAUACCCUGGGUUCUGGACUCUGCCAUUAGGCGAAGAUUUGAGAAACGAAUUUAUAUCCCUUUGCCCGAGGCCCAUGCCCGAGCAGCCAUGUUCAAACUGCACCUAGGGACCACUCAGAACAGUCUAACGGAAGCAGACUUUCGAGACCUGGGGAAGAAAACAGAUGGCUAUUCGGGAGCCGACAUAAGUGUCAUUGUCCGGGAUGCACUCAUGCAGCCUGUCAGAAAAGUGCAGUCAGCUACUCACUUCAAAAAGGCUCAAGGGCCAUCACGAGCUGAUCCUAACAACAUAGUUGAUGAUCUGCUGACACCCUGUUCUCCAGGGGACCCGGGUGCCAUUGAAAUGACCUGGAUGGACGUUCCUGGGGAUAAGCUUCUGGAGCCGGUUGUUUGCAUGUCGGAUAUGUUACGCUCACUCUCCAGCACAAAGCCCACAGUCAAUGAGCACGACUUGUUGAAAUUAAAGAAGUUUACAGAAGAUUUUGGCCAAGAAGGCUAAACCAAAGACAAAGAAGAAGACAUUUACUCUGUGUGUUCUCUCCUUUGUAGGUAUUUUUACCUUUCUCAAAUGGGAUUCAGAUGACUUGCAGUAAAACUCUUUCUACAGUGGGGAGUAUAGAUCUCCCUUCUGCAUUCCUCCAAGUUGGAUGUGUACUUUGCUCCAUUACCUAUUAAGUACUCUUGUUAACCUAAAUGACAAAAAUGAUAAUAAUGGGUAGUUAUAAGGAAAUGAGUGAUUUGUGAAUAACAACAACAGAAACAGUAAAAAGAGGAUUAAAAUUGAUUGAGCUACAAAUAUUUCAAAUGGUGGUCUUUGCAAAUAGCUUUUCUGUCUUUACUAAAUGGAACAGAACUUAUUUCACAUUUUGAAAAAUAUUUUUAAACAUCAUUAUUAUCAGUGUUUCACUUUAUUCAAAAUAAAAAUUAAAGAAUCUUUGCUCUCAGGGAUGGGCAGUAAAAUAGCAAAGAGCACUGUGAUUGGACUGAAAGAUAGUGGGUUUUGUUCUAGCCAACGCUCUUAGUGAGUUUUAAUAAGUUGCCGUUUUUCUCCGUGUAGAUUUAAAUAAUUUCUUUAAAAGCAGCAGGCUUUUAUAUUUAACUUAAUAAUACCUUUCACUGUGCAAUUUCGAGAGAAAGACUUUCAAAAUUAAGCAUUGUCCUCCUCUUGAAGAAGAAUAUUGUCUAUUUCAGUAUCUUUUUGUAGCAAGAUUGACCAAAACAGAUGGUAAAUAAAUAUGUACUUUUUAAAUAACUUUGUCUUGAAAUACUGUAAGGGGAACCUUUGCUAAAAGGAAUGGCCUUCCUUUGGAUUGUGGGAAAUUUCGUGUGUGUGUGUGUACACACAUACACACACACACACACACACACACAUAUAAAUAUAUAUAAUUUUUUAAAUAUAGGAUAGCAGGAAUCUUGCCUUUUAUCUUUUUAAGUUCAGGGAAUCAUUUUCCCUGGCCACAUUCAUAUAUUUCAUUGAUGCAAUGUUUCAUCAAGCUUAGAAUUGAGCUGAUGUCUCAUUAAAGUAAUAAAAUAAAAACUUGAUCUUAUGCUAUUUUCAUGUCUUCAAUGAAAUACUCUGAGGUCCUGUGUUAUCUAUCCACUUUAGCACCAACACUAAGUUGUGCCUUGUACAUCUGCAUUGGCUCCAUGUGCCGAACUUUGAGUUAGCCAGUGAGGUAGAUUCCUUAAAUCACUGUUAAGUCCUACCUCGCAAAUGCUGUAGAGUAUGUUGCAUCUUAAAAUAUGUUUGCAGUUUACAUGUUAUGCUACACGGUCACCUUUGGGUUCUCUGGACAGAUUUUUGUUAUUGCUGCUGUUAAAUGCUCAUCGGAAGUCUGAAAUGUGCCGUUCUAUGAGCAGUAAAUGAGUCUGAUCUACUCUUGUCUAUGUGCUGUGUAUGUUUUAUCUGGAGAUCUGUAGAGGAGAAAAUUAUCUAAGCUGAUUAAAUGUGCAGAGAUCAUUAAAAAUGAGUAUAGACAUGAAA